AUGGCUCCGCCAAAACGAAAACCAACCACACUCCAUCGCAAUCGCCAAUUCCCGCUCCGAGAUGUACCGUUCUCGAAGGGAUCACCCCCUCGGUCUCGAACUGUCUCCUCGUCGUCUCUCAACCCAUGUCCCGUCCAAAAUCCUUCGAAAGUCCCUUUCAAACCAUUUCCUUUCUUUGACCUCCCGGGAGAAAUUCGAAACAGGGUCUAUGAUCUGGUCGUGGAAGACUCUCGUGUCCUCAUACAAGGUAACCAUCCAAACAAGGAAUUGGCUCGCCUGCACCGUGAGGAAUCCACUUCAAAACACAGACGACCUCGAUGUCACUUCUCUGGGAAGUUCUCCAAGCACGGAGCUGGUGUGUCUCUGCUGUAUACUUGCCAGCGGAUGAACGCAGAGGUGGUCGAAUUUGUCUAUGCAAGAACCACUUUCUGCUUCGACAACAUGAACACCAUCCACAAGUUUCUCAAUACUAUUCCUCCCGCUGGUGCUAAAAGCAUUGAGAUCCUGGAAGUGGACCAUAAAGGAUAUGGAGAGCCACGGUGGACUGAUGACCGUGAGUGGAAACUGCGACACGACGAAAAGUGGAAGCAGACUUUGAAACUCAUCAGAGCAAAGUUGCUAGUCCUUCACACAUUGAAACUUAACAUUACUGUUUUUGACUGGCCAUGCCGACUUGAGAUGGAUGCGCAAUGGGCCAAGCCACUGGUCGACUUCGCGGGUGAUGGUUUGAAUCGAGUCGAUGUGGUAUUCGAACACGAUCGUUUCAGCUGGGAAAAGGUGUGUGAGACUGCUCGGCAGCUAGAGAGAAAGAUGAUGAACCCGGCGGGCCUCAAGAAGAAAGUUCAAGAAGCUAAGCGACAAGCCGACCUCGAAAAGGAACGAACAGCUUUCACUCAGGGAAAGGCAAUGAAAGUGCUUAGCAUCGUCAUGCCCGUGGACACCGGCAAACGAACUCCGAACGUCAGCCUAGUCAAGAAGGUGGUCAAGAGGAAGGGUCUUGAACAAUAUGCAAAGGCCGAACCCCCCAUCGCAUACUGUCUAGAUUGA